AUGAGCAGCAAACUCUGGGAAUACUUUUUGCGAGAUGAUGUCGAGAGCUUCCGGCGGGUUCUGGCCAACGCUGGUUAUACCUCUGGCGGCCAACGGGCUCCGGGAGGUGGAGGAACACCAACCUUCAAAGUCGGAAGUCCUAGUGCGAUGAUCGCUUCGUCCACUGGUCCUUCUGGAAAAAGCAAAAAGUUGAGUGGCACUUCGCCAGGCUCACCGAGUGCUGAUCGAGGUGGUGGCCCGCGUCCCGGUACGACCUUAUCACGAACGGAUUUGAACGCACGAGACCUACAUGGCAGGACCCUCCUUCACCUAAUCUCCUCGUCGUCCAAGCCCACAGCAGUCGAUUUUGCGAGCGCUUUGUUGGAGAUACCGUUGGUGGAUAUAUACGCGCAGGAUGAGGAGAGUGGAUGGACCGCUCUGCAUCGAGCGUUGUAUGCAGGGAAUGCUAUGAUUGCUCAAACAUUGUUGGCCCGGGAUUUGUGGGAUGCCACCGACUUCAGUAAAUUGGGCAGUGCCGGCCACCAAAAUGGAGGCUUGAUUAAGAUCAAAGAUCGAGAGGGAUAUAGUCCUUUCGAUGUCUACGGGGCCACCAUCAUGUCUCGCGACAUCAAACAAUUUGUUUCUCCUGCGACAGUAUUAGAUCCUACAAUUGCGGCGGACCUUCAGGGUAGCGAUGCUGCGUCCAGUGCGCCAUCACAUGAUGACCAGGAUAGCGAUGACAUUUAUGCAGGAAGAACUACCUUGAAACCUCGUCUGAAUUUGGGUGCUGACGAGAUCUUCACGCUUGGUAGCAACAAAAACUUGAACCUUGGUCUUGGUGACCAGGAUGACCGACAGUUCCCAGAACGAGUCACGCUCGAACGACCAGACCAUCUUUUACAGCGGUUCUUUCGGGAAUAUCAGGAGCAACGGUCAGAUAAUGGACAUUAUGUAUCUGACCCGUCAACAGAUCUACCAGUGCUGAUCAAGAACAAACUGGUGAAAUUCCAAAAUGUGGUCAUGUCGAAGCUUCAUACGGCAAUUCUCACAGAUGAUCCUGAAUCAAACCUUUUCAUGUGUGGGUUUGGUCCAGGCAGCCGCUUGGGAACUGGCGAUGAGUCUACCAGGUUCAGCUUCGCUUGCAUUGAAACAGGUGGUCUUGCAAAGAAGAAAGUCAUUUCCAUUGCUUUGGGCCAGGAUCAUUCCCUGGCAAUCACAGAGCAAGGUGAGAUAUUUAGUUGGGGAAGCAACAAAUUUGGCCAACUGGGGUACAAUCUCCCUAGGGCACAAAACCGUGACGAUGUCCCGAUUCAAACGACCCCGCGGCAGAUAUACAACCCAUUUAAGAAGGAAAUUAUAUACGGUGCUGCAGCGUCAGCGAUUCACUCGGUCGUUUUCAGUAACUCUGGACUGUACACAUUUGGUAAGAAUGAGGGCCAGCUUGGUCUCGUCGAUUCGGAUGCGCGCUCGCUGGAGGUUCAGACAACACCCAGACGUGUGGGAGCAUCACUUUUCAGUGCCGGAAUCCAAAUGAUCACUGCCAUCGACCAUGCUACAGCCGUGCUUCUCCAAAACCAUGAAGUCUGGGUGUUUUCGCAGUAUGGUUACUCGAAGAUCAUCUUCCCUCUGGAAAUCAGUUCGAGAUUUAUCAGAGACAGCUUCAUGGCCACUCGAUAUGAUACUUCGGUCAAUCAUAUCGUGAAGAUCACGUCUGGCGGAAGCGCUAUCUGUGCUCUGUCCAGUUCUGGUGAUGUCUUCACCGUCCAAGUCAACAAAUCGGAGAAUCCCCCAGCUCUAACAUCGACGACAAACCCGUCAAAGAUAAAACAUUCACUUUCUUCUCCUACUCGGGAAUGGUCUGUGAAAAGAUCCUACAUGGCUGUUACGGAUGUUGAUGUCGGGCAGGAUGGCUCGAUCAUUAUCUGCACAAGUUCCGGCUCUGCAUGGCGAAAGGAAAAGCGUCACAAGUCUAAAGGGGCAUUGAAGGACUACAAGUUUGUUCGUAUUCCCGGACUCUCGCGGGUCGUCGGGGUGCGCAGUAACGCCUUUGGAGCAUAUGCAGUCGCCCAACGAGAUUGCAAUGUGACUCGGGAGCAGAUCGAAAUCGACCAGAGCACCUUGUGGAACGAUCUUCUGCCGCUGUCGCCGUUUGAUUCUCUAAUGACAACGGUCGAUACUGCACAAAUCACAGAGAUUGACUCUUUGGAAUCUAGAUUUGGUCCCGUCAUGUCCAUCAAAAAGACAGUUCUGUCAAACCCAGAUAUUGAAACCCGUUUCCUAUCUGGGCGAUUUGAUGCACCUAAUGGAACGGUUUGGCUUAAAAGCUCACAGUCAGAGGCGCGGAUUCCUGUCCAUGAAAUCAUGUUAGCUGGACGCAGCUCAGUUCUACGGAAGGCCUUUCAUGAAUUUCGACAAAAGUAUUAUUUCUCUAUACCUGAUGUCCUUGACAUCGAAUACGGACCCGACGGAAGAAGUCAAAUACGGUUUCACGACGUUGAUUUCUUGGCCAUUCUGAAUCUUGCAUUCUUCCUGUACACGGACAACACGCUUGAUGUCUGGCAGCUAACCAGAGUCUCGCCCGAACAUACCUCGAGAUAUCGUCAAGUCCGUACAGAAGUUAUGCGGAUUGGCACCUAUCUGGAACUACCUACCCUGGAACGAGCAGCCAGGCUGAUGAUCGAGCCCACCAAAGCUUUGAAAACGGAUAUGGCCUGGGCAAUAAAUGAUUCCUCAUUCUUUGAGAAUACAGAUGUGGUCGUCGAAUUGAACGGUGGGUCUCGAGGAGUCCAUAGCCAGGUCGUUUGUCAGCGGUGUCCGUUUUUCAAAGCCCUUUUCCAUGGCCGUUCCGGUGGCAAGUGGCUGUCGUCGCGUCGUACCGAUCCUAACGAUGCGGUCCAUGUCGACCUCAAGCACAUUGAUCGAUAUGUCUUUGAUUUUGUACUCCGGCACAUAUAUGCGGACACGGAAGAGCAGCUUUUCGACGAGGUUCGAUCGGAGAGUCUUGAGGACUUCAUUGAUCUAGUGUUUGAGGUAGCAUUCACGGCAAACGAGUUGAUGAUCGAUAGGCUGGCCCAGGUGUGUCAGAAGAUGCUUGGCAGGUUUGUGCACAAUCGCAACGUCUGCUAUCUUCUUAAUGUCAUCGCACCUUGCUACGUCAAGGAGUUCAAGGAUGCUGCACUGGAGUACAUCUGCUUGAACCUAGAGGACUUGCUAUCGAAUGGACUUCUAAAGGACCUUGACGAAGAAUUACUUAGUGAACUUGAUUCGAUAUGCCAUGACAAUCAAAUGGCCUGCUUCCCUAUAUCUCGGGGUCGUAAUACUGACGAUUAUGUCUUUGAGAAAUAUCCGGAGCUCGUCGGUUUAGUCGAGCGUGACAAGCAACGAAGGAUCGAUUCGAUGAAGCUUCAAUCCCGUAUGGACCGGGUUGAGACUCGACAAACGGGUAAUGAAAAGCCAGGGCCGCCAUCCACAUCAAAGGCGAAGACUAAGACAGGACCAUUGAAAGAGAUCUCAAACGUAGCGGGAAGUCCGGUUCUGAAGUCCAAGCACUCUACCAAUGACUUGAUGUUCGAGAUGGACGAAGAAGCUAUGUUAUCGCCAGGUGAUUCCAUGAAAGGGAAGACACCGAUUCGAGGAUCUAGGCAGGUUGACGUGACUGAGUCACCUUUGCUCGGGUCUAGUCUUAUCGAAGAGGAAUCAUUCGGUGACCGGAGCUUCUUGGAUGGCCAGAUGGCAUCACCUCAAGACACGCUUCUCGCGGAGUCGUCAUUAGAGACCCGAGCUGGAGCGUUGCAGAGGAAGAACGGGCUGUCUUUUACACCAGAUAUGGGCGCCCAGGCUCCUUGGAGAUCACCAAUGGCAGCUGGUAAGAAAGACCUGAAAGACAUCAUGGCCGAGACAUCAGGAACCCGGGUGUCCAAUCUCAGCCUAGGCAUGUCCAAGGAAUCUCGGCGAGAGAGUAGCAGCAACGCCACUCCGAAGCUAUCUCAAAAGGAACGGAAGAAGCUUCAGCAGCAGCAAAUGCAGGAAAGACUUGCUGCGGAGCAGAAAGCCAAAGAGGCAUCGCAGAAUCCUUGGAAACUGCCACUGGCUCCCACCAACAACCCUGAUCCGCCACCAGGGAUGAACGGAGAAGGGUCUCAAUCAAUGAAGACCCCUCAACGACCUGCCAUGACUCUUCGUCAAACGGUUGCGGGUACACCUCCCUCGAAACCCACAGCACCUGUACAGACACAAAGCCGCAGCGUUUCGGCCAACGUACCUUCACCAUCGCCAUUGAAAUCCUCCACAGCCUCUGGACCAUCCACGGCACCUGUCCCCUUCGCUCCAUCCCCAGGCAACAACACACAACCACAACCACCAGCCAUCCAAUCUGUUCGCCACAUCCCUCGCCCAGAACCCUACCAAACAAGCUUCCACACGCCCUCGGCAAACUCCCUAUCGCUUGCCGCCAUCCUCAUGCAACAGCAGACAGAAAAAGACGAGAUUCACGAAGCUGCAACGGCAAAGCACAAUCUGCAGGAUAUCCAGGCGGAACAGGAGUUUCAGGAAUGGUGGGAUCAGGAGAGUAGACGUGUGCAGGGGCUGCCCGAUUCGGAACAACCGGCGUCUUUGUCUGCGGCCCAGGAAGGGAAAGCUAUGCGGGGAAGUCGUGGUAAGGGGUUAUUUCGCAACAAUAACAACAGCAAUAACAAGAGACGAGGCGGUGGCGGUGGGAGAGGUAAAGAUGGUGGUGCUGGUAGCAGUGGUCCUCGACCUGCAUCAGAUGCUUCCGCCUUGACGCAACAACUGAACCAACAUCGUUCUGAUAACAACAACCGAGAUAAAAAGCAACAGCAAAAGCAACAGCAGAGCAGUCAUCCUCCUCCAAGCCAACCACGCGGCCACGGUGGGAAUCGCGGUGGUAGAGGAGGAGCCCGUGGGAGAGGUGGUAGAGAACGGGCUAGGGUAUGA